GAGGGGAACCCGGUGUGCAGGCGAAGGGCCAAAGCACACCGCAAGCAGCACUGACAAUAUCGGAUCUGCCACGGUAGUGCUCUCAGAUUUUUUUUUUUCGCCUCCCCUUGAUGCUGAGAUUUUUUUUUUUUUUUUUUUGCUUUAGAGGAAUAUUUCAUUAUACGGUUACGCUGGUAUAACUUCCAAGUCCAAAUAUAAAGGUGGGGACUGUCCAUAUCCAAGGGGCUGCACCCCUCAAAGGCUGUACUUCAAGACCGAAUGCGUGACAGCGGAGCGACAGGCCGUCCCAUUUUGAAGCCUCCUUCAAAGGAAUGCGUCCUUCUCUCGCUCACCAGAUCCCAAGAUUCAGUGAGCAGAGGUAAAGUGGGUGUGUCCGGACUCCGUGUUUCAAGGGUUCCCGGGGGUGGCCAGUGACUAGGAUCCCUCAUGUAAAAACCAGUGGAGAGAAACGUAAGAGAAUCCAAGCCAUUCCUACCAGCGACAUGGAGAACAUUUUCCAGAUGGCAAGGCAGUGACUCCGGCUGAGCCCUGUCGCGCCCACAGCGCCCCCUGUCGGCCCGUGCGGCUCACCAUGCCCCGGCCAUGAAGGGAUACCAUGUGAGCCGCAGCCUCUCCCAGCAUUCCGCGGGGCCAUGCCACUGCAUGCCCGAGGGCCUCGACGUGCCGGGGGCCUAUAUGCCCCACCCUCAGGAGGUCCGCGGCACACGGGAGCACGUCCAGGGCCAUGGAAACCAUGCCUACUACCCACCUGGAGGGCCCCCGGAGCCGCUGCCCCUGCCGUCCUCGGGUGGGGGGACUUUUCCACGCUCCCACCUGAGCCAGCAUCCCUACGACUCCUGUGAGGAAUGCCUGUCUUCGGGCCCCGGGGGCCACGGUCACCCGGGAAAGCGGCAUCACAUCCCGCCAGGCCUGCUGGAUCAGUUUGAGCGGCAAGUGCCCUUCCCUUCCGAUGGCUUCCACACGCUGCAGUACCAGCGGGCGGCCAGCGGGGGCCAGCGCAGCGAGAGCCCGGGACGCAUCCGGCACCUGGUGCACUCGGUACAGCGACUCUUUGCCAAGUCUCACUCGCUAGAAGCACCGGGUAAGAGGGAGUAUGGCGAGGCACGUGGCGAGCACCGAGAGCGUGGUGGGGGCCACCGGAGCGGCGGUGAGGAGAGUGCUCCCCCUAGGGCCACCACGCAUCAGUCGCGGUCGGCUCGCCGGAGCAAGAGCCGCGAGCGCAGCAAAAGCGGGGACUCGCGGCAUGGCGAGCGGCGUGAGCGGCGGCACCGUGGCAAGACUGCCGGCUGGUGGAGCUCCGACGACAACCUGGACAGCGACAGCAGCUUCCUGGUGGCAGGGAUGGGAGGCCGCAGGGGCCGCGGGAUGGCCCUCACGGGGCCCGAGGCCUUGGACGGAGCGAUCCCAGAGCCAGUACUCAAGGCCGUGAAGGCCAAGAGCCCGCAGGGGGAGUGUGUGGCGUGUAGCACCAUGGGCCUGCCGGGCGAUACCGGCCACUCUCUCAAGAGGAGCACGUGGACGGCCAUGACAGUAAGCCAGGCCCGUGAGGUGUACCCCAGCCAGAGGGGGGGCGCCUACGAAAAGGCCCUGGUGGAGCCCAAGGUGAAGGAGCGGAGUUACCACUACCUUCAGGUGCCGUCAGAUGAUUGGGGCGGGGGCUACCCUGGCGGGGAGGGCAUGGACGGCAGCGGAGAGAUUCCUUGCCGCCGGAUGCGCAGCGGCAGCUACAUCAAGGCUAUGGGUGACGACGACAGCGGCGACUCGGACCCGAGCCCCCGGGCUUCGCCACGCAGUGCUCUCAUCGCCCAGAGGGAGGCGUUCCACCGCUCCAUCAGCAUGGACCACCGUGCCAAUGCCAAGUUCUCAUGUAAGGAGUGUACAGACAGCUACACCCCCAGCCGCAUGGCGCCUAAGGGACACGGCCGCUCUCGCAGUUACACGCGCUCCCUGACCAGCGCGCAGCUCGGGGAUGUGCUCAACCACCAGUUUGACUCGGUCUGCGAGUCGGUGUUCGGCGAGGCCGAGUCGCAGGCAGUGGAGGCGCUCGACCUGCCCGGCUGCUUUCGAACCCGCAGCCACAGCUACGUGCGUGCCAUCCAAGCCGGCUGCUCCCAGGACGAUGACUGCCUGUCUGUCUUCUCCAUUUCCAGCCCCAAGGUGGGGCCCAAGGCAGCUGGCGUGUUUCCGUACCGGAAGAUGGCACCCCCGCUGCCCCCCCGUGUGGCCAAGCCCCUCAUCGCUGUGACAGCACAGAGCAGCACAGAGUCGACCCAAGAUGCCUACUUCCUGAGCACCGGCCAGCCGUCGCCCCGCACCAAGCACAGCCACUCCCUGGAUGGUCUGGAGGCGGCCGGGGGCAGGCCGUCUUCCCGGGGCGGGUACUAUGCCGCCGGCCGCGCCAAGCCACACAGCAACUCCACGGAGAGCCUGGAUGGGGGUCGGGUGCCGCUGGGCGGUACAGGGUCUGCGUCAGCCAUGGCGGCCAGAGCCAAGCACAGCAGCUCUGCUGACAGCCUCCUGGAGGUGACCAGCAGGGGGAGCCGAGAGCGGAGUGCCGUCAUCCUGGGGAAGUCCUCCUCGCUACCACAGAGUGGGAGUGGCCAAGGCCCAGCCGAGGCGGAGCACAAGGCGGAGGGGCGGAGAGGCAAGUGGAGGCCGUCCAUCGCCGUGCAGGUGGACAGCUCCGAGACCAUAUCAGACUCAGACACUGAGAGCAAAGUCCUGAGGGAAGUGCACUCUAUCGGGGUUCAGGUAGAGGAAGAUAAGAGGCGAGCGCGCUUCAAGCGCUCCAACAGCGUGACAGCGAGCGUGCAGGCAGACCUGGAGACAGAGGGUCUGCUUGGGCUGGGUGCGGCCACGCAGGACAAGGGCCUGCAGUUCGGUUGCUCCUUCCAGAGGCAUUCAUCAGAGCCGGAGUCGGCAGGCCCCUACGGGGAGUACCGCACGGUGCACACGCAGGGCCAGUGGGCGUACCGGGACGAGUACCUCCACCAACAGCAGCAGCAGAAGCAGCAGGGGGGCUACGCCAGCGAGGUCAUCAGCCGCGCACCCUCCCCCCGGCCUCCCAGCCGCGCCGGCUGGCUCGAGGGGCCCCGCAGUCUCCCCGACUCGGGCCGCGCCUCGCCCUGCCCCCGGGACGGCGAGCUCUUCCUCCGCCUGCUACAGACAGAGGUGGAGCGCAUGGAGGGCUGGUGCCAGAACAUGGAGAGGGAAGCAGAGGAGAAUGACCUUCCCAAGGAGGUGCUGGAGCUUAUCCACGGUGCCGUGACCAGCGCCCAGAUGCUGAUGUCUCAGAAGGUCCAGCAGUUCUUCCGGCUGUGCCAGCAGAGUAUGGACCCUGCAGCGUACCCCCAACCCACCUCUCAGGACCUGGCCGCCUUCUGGGACCUGCUGCAACUGGCCAUCGAGGACGUGCGGGUCAAGUUCCAGGACCUGCAGCGACUGAAGGACUCGGGCUGGAGGCUGCCAUCUGACAGGAAGGAGGAAAAGAAGCCUCCUCCCCUUUUACCAAAGAAGCCGAGCAUGAGCAGCAGCAUGGCGGAUGCUGCCAGCGGGGGCAGCGGUGGGAGUGUGGGGGUGCUGGUGAUGUCCCGCAGCGGCCGCACCGUGCCCCUGCGGGAAAAGUCGCUGGACCUGGGCGAGCGACAGCGGGCGGAGCUACACGGGAGACUCCUCCCAGCCAAGCGGGCCGCCUCCUUCCGGCAGAACUCAGCCACCGAGAGUGCCGACAGCAUCGAGAUCUACAUCCCAGAGGCACAAACCCGACUCUAAAGCCCUAAAGCCCCAUCCUCUGCUACCCCCUGCCAAGCCAUCAGGGGCGAUUCUAGGAUUUUUUUUAAAUGGGAUGAAUAAGAGAGGCUAGAAUUCAUACAGAGGGGCCAACCUUAUCAUUAGCCAAUGAUAUGUUUCGAACCAGUGAGUGACAGGGGAGGGAGCACUAUGGGGGCCAAUCAGCUUUCAACUGGGGCCAAUUCCCCUGUAGCCCCGCCCCUGUAUAUGCCCCUGCAAGCCAUGCCCAACCCUCACCUCAGCCUAUGAAAGCCUGGCAUGUGCCACUAAGCCACUUUAAGCAAUUAUAGAUAAAGAGGGCUGGAGAGAGAACGGGGGACUUUCAUAUAUAAAUAGAUAUUUAAUUCACACACAGAGUCAAAGCCAAACAAGGGAGAAAGAGGGCCUCUCUCCAUCUUCGGGGUGUGCUUCAUGAAACUCUAAGUUAUAUAAAACAGUUCGUAGGAGAGAUGUGUUCGUUUGUGCUGUCAUAAAAUUUCCCUUCUGACGGAAGCAGGCGUCAGUGUCUCCUGAUGCAGCCGAUGGGGAGAGUGUGUGUGUCUGUGUGUGUCUGUGUGUGUGUGAUUUUUGUUUUUUUUUUGUUUUUUUUUGACAACUGUACCAGCUGUUUUUAAAAAGCAUGGGGUUUCUGCAGGCAAAUAUUCAUGAGGUGGCAGAAUGUCCCAACACAGUCAAAUGAAAACUUUUCAUUAUGCUGACUAUUUGUCAAUUUGGGAUUCUCAUUCUGUGGCUUUUACUGUUGAUCAACAGUGACCCCUACUGAGCAAACUAUGACAAGACAACGGUAAUUCGAUGGUUGCCCCCCCCCCCCCAACCAUCACUCACCAUGUAGGAAAGCAUCCUUGGAUUAUGCUUAAAAAAUAGGUGGGGGGAGGGUGGAUACAAAAAGCCACUUUGUAAGGGGUCAGAAUAGAAGGAAAGAUUUGAAAACACAGUGAUCUCUGUGUAGCUCAUUUCAAAUGUGUGGCACAGGUGAACUCAUUGUAAGUGGAAGACAUCGGUAAGUCAAUUGCACCAUCGUAAGUCGAAUUAUUGGAAGCCGAUCCAUAGUGAAUCUAGGAGCAUCUGUAAUUAUCUAGAAGGCGUUGUCCCUCGCUCUCCAGACGUACGCGUUUUACUUAGGCGGGCCCAUGGACAUGCUUCACAAUUCAUAAUGUCCCGGCUCCUUUUAUGCCCUUGUUUUUGAAAGAUGUAUUUUUGGUUGGCAUGGGCCAGCAAGAUCAAAUGAUGCUGUGCUUUUAUAGUGCAUCUUGUUGAUUAGACCCAAAUGUGGGGUAUUUAAAUCUGUUUUUAUUUUUUAAAUCAUGAGGCAUAGCUUAGUGUAAAUACAGCCUCAGACUGCUAUCAUAUGAACAAGGUUUAAAUAUGCCAUCUUUUUUGAAAUCCUGAGCCACCCAGAAUAAGGGUAUCUUGCGACCGCUUUCUCGUUCUUAUCGUUUUACCGUGGCCCUCUUGUGGCUAGUUUAUGUAAUUACACAGAACAUGCGCUCUAGUUUGUCAUGUACAUUACUAAUGCAAUUCUCAUUGACGCUAGAUAAAAGCCGGUUUAAAAGAACGAAGUAGGCUUUGUUUUAUAAACCUGAAAGUGAAUUAAUAUAAUAUUAAGUAUUUUAUUGGGAGAUGCUUUAUUUUAUAAUGUGUAAUAUUAUCUACCUUUUUAGAACAUUAGAGCAUCUAUGUAUAAAAAUGUGUGAAAUCUGCUAUAUGAAUCUGAAAACAUAUUAUUAAUAUGAUCUAGUGUACAAUAAUUGAAUACAGCUGAUGGCUGUUUUUUCAUGGCGUCUCCUGACGUAUAAGACUUUUUUGAAGGAUGUGUCUGUAGCGUUCAGUUCACAGGGUUUGACUGUGCCAAACACAGCUGUCAAGUGUACUUUCUCUCCGAUUUUCACUCUCUUUCUCCCUCCCUCUCUCUUUUCCCCUUCUCUGUGAAUGCACUGGAUUGUAAUUGGGUUUGCAGUGUCACCUUCCUAUCUCUAGCUACAGUGGGUCACUCCCGUUUUUUCUACUCAGCUAACAACACGUGCCUGAUUACCAAGAUGUGUGUGGCUUAUUUCGUAUUAAUAUAUUACUGAAAUAUAGAAUAGAAUCUUACCUUCAAAUGUGUAUAUAGACUUGCGGCAUUUAGAAUACCUUUUUCAGUAUUAUUAGAGCUAUUUUAAUGUAUCGAGACUUUGUUGUAUUGAAACUUGUUGUGGGGGACGCAGACACACAUGCACACACACACACACACGUCGGUGUGGAUUAACGCGGAGAUUGGAAUAUAGUUUGCUUACCGAGUCCGCGCAUUGCAUACCGCUUUGCGCUCUGCGCCUGUGCCAGCGCGUUUGUCAUCGAAUUACAGCAGCGUCUCUAUCACGACUUACGGGAGCUGGUUGUGUCCUCAAUUGAAUACAGCAUCACCCGUACCGUCACGGGUUUAGAGAUGUAAUAUUGUUAGUUAAAUGUUGUUCUUUGCAGGAACCAAGAGUGGAUUUUUGGAAAUCAAACUUAAGAUGUUCCUAUUUAUUUUGGAAAUGCCAAUGCAAAAUCCAAUUAUUUUUGACUUGUUAGAAGAAAGUUUUUACAGAUAUACUGCUCUUUGUAGAAUGACGGAGGUUUUCAACAAGCAUGCAGUACAAUUUAUCAAUUUGAAUAGGUCCCAAGCAGUCCCAGGCGAAUUACUGCAAAUUUUCUUAUGAAUAAAAUUCAAUACUGCUGUUCCUGUAAAUCCCUGUCACAAAGAUUCCGCAGAUGCCUGGGUUUUCAUAGAAGAAAUAUUUUGUCUUACAGUGUCCAUAAUUUCUACAGCAUAUUUCUCCAAUAGUUAAUUAAAAACUGAAGCUGUAAAUUAAAUAAGCACAAUGUUUUUGGAAGUACUGAUUGUACUUGAAUGUGAAGGACUCUUUUAAAGAACUUUUAAAACAACACUGCUGUUAAGGACAGGUGCAUUACAAGGUCUGUCUUGUAAUGAAAUUAUGUUUUAAAAGAGCAGAUGUUAAGUUAAAAGAAACAACCACGCUGUUUCAUUCGGUGUUCGGGUCACUUUCAACGAUAUUUGUUAACGUCAGCCUUCAGAGUGUUGAGACCCAUCGUCUUUUGUUCUUCCUUAUUCAACACAUUAACUGCUGUUUCUCCAAUUAAAAGAAAACACCUGAUGCGAAUCAUUGGGUGAGAAGUAUUUCAACACCUGCUUCCACAGUUCCAUUCUAUUUUUGUAUUGGGCUAACACAAUUACCGUAAAGUGCUUAAUACAAGAGCAUUGAAAAUGGACGUAACAGCACUCGACGUUAUAAAGAAUUAUAAAACCCGUCGGGGAAAAAGCCAGAAGAAAACUGGAGAGGAAAAAGAAACUCCUAUUGCGAAUGUAGGAGAUAAAAUAGACUCUGGGGAUUCAAGGCCAGCCAGCCGUGCAACCUCCCUUGGACUUGCUGCCCUUAUAAAUGUCAUAAGUGUGUUGCUGUUAGAAUCAGAUUAGGAGUGGAGUGGAGUGCUCUGUCUUCUAUUAGGGCAGACAACGAUGUUCAGCAACGGGGCAAUUCUAGGACUUUUUUAAGGUGCGUGUGUGUGGGGGGGGGGGUGCAUAAUUCAUACACCUAACCUUCAUUGAGUGACAGAGGAGGAGGCACUCUGGGAACCAAUAAGCUUUCAGUGGCGGCCAAUGUCCCUGUGGCCCCGCUCCUGUAUACGCCCCUUUUCAUUUAGUCAUUCAAUGGUGGUACUCCAUCUAACGCAUCGAUUGAUUUUAAGCCUUAUAACUUACAUUUGGCUCAGUUGAUAUUUAGUCCCCAUUUUUUUGUGGGAAGCAGGGAUCCAUGCAGGGGGAAGAUGAAAGAAACUCAAGCUCUGCACACGAACACAACAAUGUUUUGGAUUUAGGAGAUGAUUUAGGAUGUAACCAGAAGCAAAAGAUCCUUCAUCACCUUGUUUGAAGUCCUUCCUGAAUCCCAGCGAGCUUAUAAAUGACCGUCUAAUCAUAGCCAGGUACGAAGAAACUGCUGUCCCAGAAGAGCAGAAAAGACCUUAGCUAGUAUAAUCGUCUCAUACAUUAGCUGAACUCACAGAUGUAUCAUUUUCCCAAGCUCCACCCCCUAUCUCGUAUCCUGCAUCUAUUGGUCGUCACCCCCCCUCCUUUCUUCUAUGACCCCUGAUCUCCCGUCCCAGUCACGUGACCGCCUCUCACAUUAAGCAGAGUUGGAAUAUGCAUCAACAUCUGGCACCCCACCCCACGCAGGAAGGGAUAGAGCUCCCCCCAUCACUAAUACCCCCACCCCUUACCUGCACAGGGCUUCCAGCCCCAAGACCCCACACCAGAAAGCCUGCGUGGGUCAACCUGGACCAGCAGGUCUGCUGCUCACAGAAUUGAACGUAGCUCCUCAUCAAGCCGUAGUAGCACUGAGGACCCCUAGUGUACAGUUAUCACACUGUGAUGUUCUUCUGAAUCUAGGACACCUUGCUAGAGCACCUGAACGCCGAGUUUUACAUGGGGUCCUAUGUGACUGAGUAAUUACUGUGUAAUUACAUAUACCUCUUCUGCUCACAUUUACCAUGUAUAUAUAUAUCUUUGUGGUCAUGGAAAUUGCUGUUAUCACUAUUAAUGUGUAUUGUUAUUAUGAUUAAUAUUGCUUAUUACUAUCGCUGUCAGUAAGAUGUUAUUUCAAAUACUAUUUAUCAUACUCUGUAUUUAAGGGCAAGUUUGUAAUGAAAAAAAAAUAUUACUUUUCUAUUGCUGCUACCAAGAGCAAGACCUGAGCAACAGGAUACGAUGUUGAAGGGGUAGAAACAGACCUAUUUGUUCCUGGAGAGUUGAAGGGGGCUCGUCACUAAGGGCUCAACACUAAGACGAACAUUUGGCAUGGAGAGCAGCUGGAGUUGGUUAUCUGGGGACUGGCCAGCGAUCUGCAUGUUCAGUCAGAGCAGCGUCUCCUGAUGUUGAUUAUUCCCCCGAUUUUCAAUUUCCGUUUUGUACGGCUGUGGACUCGGACAUGUAGCAAAACACUUCCCUUUGAUCUUCUUGCCUCAUCCAGCCUCGAGGACCGGCCCCGUUGGAGCUUGAGCAGAAGAUGUACCAACCCAGGACACGCCUCUUCUCAAACUCACACCAGUUUGGUUCUUUUGAUUCCCAAGCGGCCCUCUACUUCCUGCUCCAGUGAGCCACUGGCACGAACAGCUACAGAUGUGUUUGCAUCGCUAAACUCAGACCGAGUAGCCGUAGUAAAUAGCAAUAGUGUUGUCCCUUGAACAAAGAACCACCGUAGUAUUUACUUAAGGUCUCAUGUAUAAAAUAACAAUGUGGUGGUCCUAUCUGAUCAAGUAGGAGCAAAAAAAACGGUAGAGACUAGUCAAACAAUGGCUGUAACAAAAAAUUAAGUGUAAAUCAAUCAUCGAUUCUGUUUCAAUCAUCAUCUUCUCAUCCAUGGGUGUCUACAGACCAACAUCUGCUAGCACAAACCCAGAGAAAUGGCACACUGUGACGUGGGUAACCUAAACAGAAUGUAACACUGUUGACAUUGUAAAUGUUUUCUAAUUAUUACUAUAAAGCUAUUUUUAGCGAGGAAAAAUGGUAUUGUUUUUUUUUUUUUACUAAAGG